ACUCCUAUCUCGUUUUUUGUUUCCAAUUUUGAUGAUGCACAAGAGGUGUUUGUUGUUUGUUCAAUGUCACUAAUGCUUUCUGUCAUUUCCAUUGUCAUGUGUGCACAAGCAUCAUAAAUAGACAAUUUUUGUCAUCGCCACCAGCCUCGGAACACCAGCCGGAACAGCUAGUCCAAAUGUAUACAUAUGCGCGAAAGAAAAGAAGGUUAGCUUGGUGCGUAGACAUAUAUCCACUACCACCGUGGUCACUACCGAGAAACAGUAUAUCAAGAUUUCAUCCCAAAGGAACCACUAUAAAUCGUUACUAUAUAAUCAAUCCACCAGAAUCAUCCGAUGACAUAUCUUAUAUUUUCUCGCUGAAACUUGCCACCGCUUUUGUUAUCACUACUCUCUGUCUGUCAAACCAGCCAUUUUUGCAACGACCUUCUCUUUAAAUUCUUCGUCACAUCGUAAGAAGAUUUCUUUUCUGUUAAGAUAGAAGAAGAAAGAUGGGUGGCAAAAAAAUUGUCACAAACUCCGAAUCAUCUGCACCGGUAAAGAACAGCCCAGCCCCAGCUGCUGAUAAUUUACUCUCAGAGAAGUAUAAGGAAUAUGCUGUAGAUGGAUCAGAAUGGUAUUUCUUCACUACCAGAGAACGAAGAUACCCUAAUGGGGUUCAACCUAGACGGAAUGCUGGUAAUCAUGAGGGACAUUGGAAACCUCUUGGGGUUUCUGAACCGAUUAUGGACAAACACGGAAGAAUAUUUGGGUCUAAAAGGAUUUUGGAUUACCAUAUGUUUAAUGAGGCUGCAUUGACCAAAGCAAGUACUAGGACUGAUUUCAAAAUGGUAGAGUACGUUGUGGUCGAUGCUGAAAUUGCAGCAUUUACAGAUUUUUGCUUGUGUAAAAUAUAUAAGAAUCAUAGGAAAUCACCAGGAAAUUCAGAUUCACUCACUGAUGGUGAUGAUACUCAUCCUAGUGCAGAAGCUAACAUUUCAUCAACAUUGAGAGCAGAUCGUUAUAGUGGAUCAUCUUUGCCACAACAUAUCAGUAAUAAUGCUAGUAAUCUUGAUGGUUCACGGAAGCGUCGCUUGAACUCCUCUCUUCCUCCUCCUAAUCAUAAUUAUCACGUGCAAACUUAUCAGGAGAUGCCAUUCGUCAAUCCGUUUCCAUGGUUUGGAAAUAAUCUAACUGUAGCAGAGGAAAAUGCACUCUUUGAGAUGGAACUUAGAGAAGAAAACCAAACGAACACUUACUUUAAUGAGCUACCAGAUAUGGAUCAAAACGACCCGGAUUUCUGGGAUUUUGAUGGACAACAUCUUCUCACAGAUCAGCAAUGCUCCCUUAUCAGAUGUGACCGGAUUAAUGCACCAGUUGCCGCACAUCAUCAGCAACAGCCACAAGAACAAUGGCAUCUGCAGCAGCAGACACAACAACAAUGGCGUCCGCAGCAGCAGACACAACGAACAAUGGCGUCCGCAGCAGCAGACACAACAACAAUGGUGUCAGCAGCAGCAGCCACAGCAGCAAUCGCGUCAGCCAGCAACCUCAGAAGCAGAGGCAACAGCACAAGCAGUAGCGCAAAUAGCUUGAGAUAGUGUGUCAUCUCAAUGAAGACAGCAGUGCUGCAUCCUGGACUGGAUGUUAUAAGCUUUUAAUUGAUCAGUACUUUUUUUUCCCUAGAAACCUUUGGAUUAUAACCAAGCAUAGAUUCUUAGUUUGAUCAUAGUCAAACCAAAUUUAUUUCUUAGAUUUAAUUUCGCUGAAACUAACAAAUGAUGAAGGCUUAAUCAUUUCGAGAUUCUUAAUGUGUUUGUUGGUAUGGAACUCACCACUAUGAACCAAUAGUGUUAAAUUGACUUCCACUCAUAUGUUUGUGAGCUCUUGUUUUUAGCUUCUUCUCAGUUGUGCCAGAGCUACCCCUCUAUCUGUUGUUGUUCAAGUCCAUUUAUGAG